GACAAAACCACAACUAUUAAAAAAAUAAUACAUAAUUAAGUUAAACAACAAAAUAUAAGAAUUUCAGUAUACAAAUAAAAGCUCUGUGAUAGCAACGCGUAUUUGUAGCAAAUCCGAGCAGCUAAUUUAGCAAUAAAAACUGGAGGCGAAAUCAUAAUACACAUACGCAGUUGCACACACACACACACGCCCAAAAAUAGCAACAACAAUUUACUAAGAAAUUCGAAAAAAAAUUUUGAUUGCUGUUUCUACUAAAUAAAAUGCCACCCAAGGAACGCAAUAUUGCUAUGAUGGGAUACCGAUCAGUGGGUAAAUCCUCACUGAGUAUACAGUUUGUUGAAGGACAAUUUGUGGACUCAUACGACCCAACAAUUGAAAAUACAUUCACCAAGGUGACGCGCGUCAAUUCACAGGAUUAUGGUGUGAAACUUGUCGAUACGGCUGGUCAAGAUGAAUAUAGCAUAUUUCCGGUGCAGUAUAGCAUGGACUUUCAUGGAUAUGUGUUAGUCUAUUCCAUAACCAGCCUCAAGUCAUUUGAAGUGGUUCGAAUAAUAUACGAAAAACUAUUGGAUGUGAUGGGAAAGAAAUAUGUACCUGUAGUCUUAGUAGGAAAUAAGACAGAUUUGCACCAGGAGCGCACCGUAUCCACUGAGGAUGGCAAAAAACUGGCCGAAUCUUGGCGGGCAGCGUUUUUAGAAACAUCUGCCAAACAGAAUGAGUCUGUGGGUGACAUAUUUCAUCAAUUACUUAUGCUGAUUGAAAAUGAAAAUGGAAAUCCUCCGGAGAAAAGCAGCUGUAUUGUAUCAUAAGGAGGAUGGGGCAGCCUGCAACAAAUAUAAAUAUUUUCCAAGUUGUUGCAUAUUCUGGAAAU